GCCAUUUCAGAGCAACUGGCUGCAGGCGAUUAAACGUGUGGACUGGAAUGAAGACAUUAUACAAAAAUGCUCGCGUCCCAGACGUGGAAGGGGGAACCUCUUGCCUCAGGAUGAGACGCCUAGACGCGUGAAAAAUCGUCAGUAUUUUACGCAUUGGGAAUGAGAGCGGGCUUUAAAAGUCAUACAGGACCAGAGGGAGGAAGCACCUACUAAGGGACGUCUACUGUGGAAGCAGUAGGGACUAAAAUACUGGUUAUUCAAGGCUCCACUCGGGACGCUCGUCCUUAUUUCCAGUGAGAUUUGACCAGUGGAGACGCGCGUAAAUACGCAUUCCAACCAUGGAAGACAUCGCACGGCAUUCCCAGCCUUCCUCGUGGAGGGAUUGUUGCUUGGUGAAGCAGAUCCGUAGAUUGACCCCUGUUGGUUUUCAAAGUGAAAUUAAAGAGUUGUCCAAACUAUCCUUUCCAGUGGUGAUUGCCCAGCUCAUGAUUUUUGCUGUGAGUUUUGUCAGUACUGUUUUCUGUGGCCAUUUUGGGAGGACGGAGCUGGCGGGAGUAUCUUUGGCCAUUGCAGUCAUUAAUGUUACGGGUAUAUCCAUUGGAACUGGUUUGGCAUCAGCAUGUGAUACUCUGAUAUCUCAGACGUAUGGGGGCGGUAACCUCCUGAGAGUUGGAGUCAUCCUGCAGCGGGCCAUCCUCAUCUUGUUACUGGCAUGUUUCCCCUGCUGGGCUAUCCUCAUCAACACAGAGCCCAUUCUGAUGGCUGUCAGGCAAGAACCAGAAGUAGCCAGGUUGUCUCAGACGUAUGUAAAGAUCUUUAUGCCGGCGCUUCCUGCUGCAUUCAUGUUUUCAUUAGAAUCAAGAUAUCUGCAAAACCAGGGCAUCAUAUGGCCACAGGUAAUCACAGGCGUCGUGGUGAAUCUUCUUAACGCCCUCGUCAACUACAUUGUUCUCUUCCCCUUAAAAAUGGGAGUGGAAGGAUCUGCUAUUGCCAAUAGCCUCUCCCAGUUCUCCAUGGCGGGGAUCCUCUAUGCUUAUAUCAUGUGGAAAGGGCUUCACAAAGCCACCUGGGGAGGCUGGAGUAAGGAGUGCCUCCAGGACUGGGGCUCAUACAUCCGUUUGGCUAUCCCCGCCAUGGUUAUGUUGUGUGCUGAGUGGUGGACUUAUGAGAUUGGAGGUUUUCUGGCAGGUCUUAUAAGUGAAGUGGAACUUGGAGCUCAGUCAGUUGUGUAUGAGCUGGCAAGUGUUGCUUACAAUUUCCCUUUGGGUUUCAGUGUGGCGGGAAGCGUGAGGGUUGGAAACGCUCUGGGAGCUGGAGAAACGGAGCAGGCCAAGCUGUCUGCAAAGACCGCCAUAUUCUGUGCAGGGUUGGUGUCUGUAUGCUUGUCAGUUCUCAUCGGCAGCCUGAAGGACCACAUCUCGUAUAUCUUUACAUACGAUGAACUAAUCAGAGAAAGAGUUGCAGACAUCGUUUCUUUUUAUGCUCCAUUCCUGUUCCUAGAUGCCAUAAAUGCUGCCUGUGGUGGUAUCAUAAGAGGAGCAGGUAAACAGAACGUAGGAGCUAUCUGCAAAUUUUUGGGAUAUUAUGGCGUUGGUUUUCCUGUUGGGGUGCCACUGAUGUUCGCAGCUAAAUUAGGAAUCAAAGGUCUGUGGACAGGCUUGUUUUUGUGCGUAUCACUGCAAUGCACAUUCCUGGUUUUCUAUCUGAGCAGGUUGGACUGGAAGACGGUCACAACUGAGGCACUGACACGAGCGGGGGUGUCUGACAGCUCCACUGAUGCAGGUCUUCAACCAGAAGAUGCGGGAAACUCGCUGGAUCAAACAGAGGCUUUAAUUCAGGUGGAGGGUGAAGAGGUGCCUGCGUCCAAAACGGCAGGAGACGAGCUUCCCUGCAGGACUCUGGUGCUGCGCAGAGGCCUGGCUCUGGCCGUCAUGCUGGUCAUCUUGGCUGCUGGAAUCAUUUCGAACGUGUUAAUCACUAACUUGGUUACAUGACUGGGAGCGAAGUCUACUGUACUUAGCAGGGAGAGCCCUUAGCCACCGGUGCUCAGCAUAACGCAGGUACUUGUGCUGCAUGACGAGGUAGAAGCACAAGUGCAGAUGAGCAAGAGGCAAAGAGAAUCAAGAAAGGAAGAAGCCAUGUGAUGAACAAACAAGAUAUUCUCUGAAGGCAGCCAGUGUCAGAUUAAUCAAAGUCUGAAUUAAGUUUGUUCUUAUGAGAAUCAGAAUCAAGUCAAGUCAGAGAGCUGACUGUGUUUUAGACAUGCUUUGACAUACUCAGGAGGUUAAAACUGCUGACUUCCUGGUUGGUCAAAUGCACCAUUGUCUUUAGGUGCAUCUGUUUCAAGACCCCCAUCACAUGCUCUAACAGAUAACAGGUAAGCCUGUUAUUUGUUUUUUGUCAGGGGGGUCGACUGACAGCCGUCUCAUUGUCUUUAAGGGUUAGUUGACCAUCUGAUGACAAGACCACUUAAGGUUUCUUAAAAGGAUGUCUGUUGCUCUGCACAGCACAGAUAAGUUGUUUAUUAACUGGAAAGUCAUAGGUGUGACUUUUCAACCAUCAUCUGAUCUGUUUGACCAUCUGUUUCUUCUAAUUGUUCAUUGUUUACCAAAUAUGGUUUUUCCUGUCAUCCUUGCUGAAUAAAAAGGGCUCGACUGCAGGGAGAAUUUGGUCAGAAGGCCUGACGAGCUCUAAAGAGGAGGGCCAUGUUGCCCUAAAGCUCCUCAGGACUUCUCUCCAACCUUCUGCAGAAGGCCUUGAAAAUCA